AUGGGGAGUAAUUCUGCCCUGCUGAGUCCAAUCAAAUUUAAUGAUUCCAACCUGGUAGAGGAAUUGCUCCCACUCCCCUACUGCUGUAUGCACGCAGGAGACACAAAGUUCCAUGUUGUAGUCCAAGUUCAAGAGGAAAGAAGGCAGGACCUUGUUCCUUCCCAGGUCCUGUCUGGUGCUCUCAGCACUGCCCAGUUCUUCCUCUAUGAGGCCUUCCUGAAUCGGCACUUCAAGGCUGUGGAACUGGAGGGGAACGAGCCAGAGCCUGGAGACCUCUUCUUGUUCCGGCUAACAUCACCCACAGGGCGCUGGCUGGGGGCCCAUGUAGGUGUGUACUGUGGACAUGGAGAAAUCAUCCACUUUGAAGGGAAGCCUCCCCCAGGGGUCCAGGCUUUCCUGGGUCCCUGGGAGGGCAUGGUGUCCAAGCAGGGCCGGCGGCAGCUCCUGCGCUCCCGCUCGCUGUGGCGAGUUCUACGGCGGAAGGCGGGCGUGGACCGCAAGGCACUGAAGCGGAGGGUACAGGAGGCCAUGGACGCAGACGAGCUGCCUUAUCACCCGACCCACAGCAACUGUGUCCACUUCGCCUUGACCCUACUCGGCCAGGAGAUAGAGCCGCAAGGACUGAACGCCUUGAAUGCGAGUAACAAGGUGGGCUCUGCUAGCUGA